UGUUUGCUCUGCAGCUCUGGGGGUAGAGAAGAGGAUGUGAAAAAUCUAGGCUGGCCGUGGGGAAGGGAAGCGAAGGGGUGAUCACAGAGGACUAGAAGGCUGCCCUUUGGAUUCUCAAAGGGGGGAUACAGGGAGAGAUUUCCCCACCUCAUCUGUGGGCAGAACUGGCUCGUCAAGGUAAAGAAAAGUGUUGCCUUCCAGCCCAAAGGCACACAGGCACCAGCCCCCAUGUGUCUGGGAUGAAGGAGUGGCUGUUCGAAGAUGAGGCUUAGCUGGGAUGCCACGGGCCCCAUCCUUAUGCGAUGCGGAGCAAAGCACACCGCUGUGGAGAGUCCAUCCCUCUGACACUUCAGCAGCCCAUCCUUUCUCCGAGACGUUCACACGGGAUUUCCCCAUUUUAGCCGCACAAGCACCCUGCGAGGACGCUUGCCCUGACUUGGCAUGGAUCCUUCCAAAGACCGCUGGGUAUCAUCCGCGCCGAUUUCUCCACCUGUCACUUGAAGGGCUCUCCUGGAAGCUCUCUUCCUUUGGCUCUGUGCGUGUGUUGGCAGUGAAGAUGUGAAGGGGGAUGGAAGAGACCCUGCUUGCCACCCUGUGGUUGAUUCUUGGCUUCGUGAUCCUGGGACAGGCCGACGCCUUGCCUUGCCACGUCACUAGCAACCAUACAGCCUUUUGCCGUGGUCAGAAUCUGGACCAUGUCCCUCCAGACCUCCCUCGCUCUUUGGAGCGUUUGGACCUCUCUUACAACAAGAUCCAGCAGAUCGGGGAUUUCUCAGCCUUCCCCCAGCUGAGAGACCUCGACUUGAGUUUUAACAACAUCUUGAGUAUUGCUGACGAUGCCUUUGCUUCCAAUGUCCUUCUAGAGAAGCUGAAUCUCUUUAACAACUCGCUGGAGGAGAUCCCCUCGCAGGCCGUGAGGCCGCUGAAACGGCUGAAGAUGUUGUCCAUGUCCAACAACCUUUAUAACUACUCCACCUUGGAUGGGGUCUUCAGGACCUUGAAGAACCUUGAAGAGCUCUCCAUGGGAGGACCUGCCAUUGAGACUGUGGGAAGUCGGGACUUCUUGCCUCUGAAAGAGAUUCCCUUGAAGAAAUUUGCCCUCAAAACAUCCACCAGUUUGAGGAUGUACCAAAAAGGGGCCUUCUCGAACCUCAACACCACUGCCCUGUGGUGUGACAUCUCGCUGGACAAAAACCCAGCGGCAUUGCCUGUGAUGCUCCAGGAUUUGCGGGGGAAGCCGAUGCAGUGUCUCCGUUUCCGUAACCUCUUCCAGUUUACAUACUACAUGGAUUCCGAGGACCCUUUCUCCGGCUUGGCCGAGGUAGAAGCUGAACAGCUGGUCUUCUUCAGGGGAAAGUUCAAUGAGAACUUGCUACGCAUGGCUCUGCUGAACAUCGAGAAGUCUUCUAUUCAGGACCUUGCCUUAAUCGCCAUUGAUUUUGCGCGGUCUCUUGAGUGGGAGCCGCCAACAGCGGGCUAUGCCAACCUGACCCUCCGCCACUUAGUGCUGCAGGACAUUAGCAACCCGGACAUCCUCCGCUUUGACUGGACCUUCACGUGGUUCACUGGUGUGACUUACCUCAGCAUCCUCAAUGUCAACUUUAACUUUGUACCCUGUGAUGCCUGGGGUGAAAUGAGUAACGUGGUGGUCCUGAACACUUCCCACAACCGUUUGCAAAAUAGCUACAUCUACAACGAACGCUGCCAGUACCAGGACAUCAUGCCCAACUUGGAAGUUUUUAAUCUUUCCUACAAUGAACUGACCAGCCUCAAGAAAGUGGCCACGUUGACUUCCAGCUGGCCCCGAUUCUCCUAUUUAGAUCUGAGCCAUAACCAAAUUGGGGUCGUGAACGAGCUGCCAUGUGCUUGGAGUCCAAGCCUCAUUUGGCUGGCUUUACCUUACAAUAUGGUGACCAUGGAUAUCUUUCGGUGUCUUCCAACCACCUUGCGUUUCCUGGACUUGUCCUACUCUCAACUGGAGCGGCUCGAUACGAGCUACUUUGAGGCUGCUGUUGACUUACAAGAGCUGUUUCUGAGUGGAAACAAGAUCAAGUUCAUUCCCAUCGCGUGGAGGAGCCCGAAUCUCCGUAUCUUGGAAGUGGACGGAAACUCUUUUGGUGCCAUCAGCAAAGGUUCCUUUGUCAAUAUGCCACAUCUUGCCCAACUGAAGGCAGGGAACAACCCUUACCAUUGUGUCUGUGACCUCUAUGGCUUCCUUCAGGAGACCUUUAGGAAGGGUAAGUUGAGCCUACAAGAUUGGCCCAGUAGCUGGACCUGUUAUCACCCAGAAUCUUUGCUGGACACUGAUGUGGCCGCUUACACCCCACGGGUGUUUGAGUGUGAUGUGACCAUUGUGGUGGCCAUUGCCGUCUCCAUCACUGCCACAGUGGUUAUUAUCUGCAUGGUCUUGUGUUGGCGGUUUGAUGUUCCCUGGUAUCUCAAGGCCACCUUCCACAUUGUUCGUUCAAAGUACCGGGCCCGCCACUCUUCGCCAUCCCAACACUUUGCCUACGAUGCCUUCAUCUCCUACAGCAGCUCAGAUGCCGAGUGGGUGAGACGAGAGCUUCUUCAACGUCUCGAGGUCGCCUCCCCAGCAUAUCGCGUGUGCAUUCACGAGCGUGACUUCACUCCGGGUCGGUGGAUUAUCGACAACAUCAUCGACAACAUCGAGAACAGCCGCAAGAUCAUCUUUGUGCUCUCGCACAGUUUCGUCGACAGCGAGUGGUGCAAUUACGAGCUCUACUUUGCCCACCAGCGGGCUGUGGGGAUGGGCUUUGAGGACGUGGUCCUGGUGGUGAAGGAAGCCAUUGACCCAGAGGCCUUGCCCAAUAAGUUCUGCAAGCUCCGGAAGAUGUUGAGUAAAAAGACCUACUUGGAGUGGCCCGCGGAAUCUAGCCGUCAGGCCUUCUUCUGGGUCCAGCUGAAAUCUGUGUUGGGGAAGGCUGAGACGUUCGAGACAGACCCAGCCAUUGACUUUCUAACUGAGACCGAACAGACAUCGGAGGAAUUGACUGAUGGUCCUCUGGAGAUGGGCGAAAUAGCUGAAGGAAACACCACAGUGGCCACUCCAGUGGCUCCAUAGGAAGAAGUCUUAUCCCAAGUCAGACCAUUGGUCCAUUUUUAGCUCUGUAGGUCUACACCGGGGGUUCCCAAGCUUGGGUCCCUAGAUAUGGUUAACCUACACUUCCCAUCAUUCCUAGCUACAAUGGCCUUUGGAAGUAGAAAUCCUUUCUAUCCCCACUGUGUGGAGGACUGUUGUUAUGCUGAUGGGAAAAGCCUAUACAGCUUUCUAUAGACACACAGACUGCCGUUCUGCUGGGAGCACUCUGUGUAUGCUCAGAGGCACCCUUGCCUCCAUUGCCUUGCAUUCAAAGCCUUACCCUCUUUACAGAGGGGAAAAGGUGUGUGUGUGGGUAUUUAUUUAUUUAUUUGUUCUAUUUAUAUGCCGCCUGGUAUAUGCCUCUCUAGGUAGUGUACGCCAUUUAAACACAACCAAUAUAAAAUGGAAUAAACACAAAAACCAGUUUCACAGAAUAAAAAGUUGAAACAAUCUCAUGGAAUAAACACCAUUAAGCGGUUUAAAAUUAAUUCCAUUCAAAAGCCUGAGAAAACCGAUGUGUCUAGAAAUAUGUGUACAUUGUGGGGAAGUUUGCUUAUGUUGAGGCGCCCUCCUUUUCCUUUAUUUGUUCUUCACAUUUUUCAGGGCUGAAUAUCCUGAACUGAAAAGGGGCUGUGAUCUCCUUCAAACCAAGCAUUUCCAGAUCUCUGCUUCCUCCUGUUCUGUGCAUUGAUCUGUGUUCUUCCUUCAUACCCAAGUGAUUCUCUGGCUGGGUCAGGUUCCACAUGGACAGGUUUCCUAUCUUUCCAGCACACCCUAGUAGAGAACAGGGAAACUUGCUUCCGGAUGAAAAUGUAUGGCAUAUAUUGCUGACAAAUGUUUUUGAAUAAAAGUGUAUUUUUAA